AUGUUUGUGUGUUCUGCUUGCUACCUGCCGGGCUGUCAGGUGCAGGUGAGUCACUGGAGCAUUCAAGAGUCCUCCUGGAACGACCAAGAGCCUUCCGAGCCCGCUUGGAACGGCCAGGAACUUUCCGAGCCCGCCUGGAACGACCAAGAGCCUUCCGAGCCCGCCUGGAACGGCCAGGAACUUUCCGAGCCCGCCUGGAACGGCCAGGAGCUUUCCGAGCCCGCCUGGAACGACCAGGAGCUUUCUGAGCCCGCCUGGAACGACCAGGAGCUUUCCGAGCCCGCCUGGAACGACCAGGAGCUUUCCGAGCCCGCCUGGAACGACCAGGAGCUUUCAGAGCCCGCCUGGAACGACCAGGAGCUUUCCGAGCCCGCCUGGAACGACCAGGAGCUUUCCGAGCCCGCCUGGAACGACCAGGAGCUUUCCGAGCCCGCCUGGAACGACCAGGAGCUUUCCGAACCCACCUGGAACGACCAGGAGCUUUCCGAGCCCGCCUGGAACGACCAGGAGCUUUCCGAGCCUGCCUGGAACGACCAGGAGCUUUCCGAACCCACCUGGAACGCACCAGGAGCUUUCCGAGCCCACCUGGAACGCACCAGGAGCUUUCCGAGCACGUCUAGAACGCACCAGAAGUUUUCCGAGCACGUCUAG